AUGGGCGCCUCAGUCACCUCUUCCGCCACCAUCGCCACCACCGCGACCCUACCAAGGGGGUACAGCACAGUGCACGCCGUCCCAUUGUCUCUGUCUGUUCUCUUGGCCUUGGUUGACUCCAAACCUGUCUCCUCUUUCUCCAUGCAGGGAAAUGGAAAACGGGUUCCACACGCCAUGGCCAAAGCAGCUCCUUGCUUCCCUCCGCCAUUGCUGAUGCCAAUAACUAUCCUGCACCGUUCCCUGGCCGAGCACUCGAGUUCGCAGCUUUACAUUGAUGCUCACCCUGUAUGCAUCCCCCUUCAACUGACUGCCAUAAUUGCUAUCUCAAGAGCCAAAGAAUGGUCAUCUAAUCAUCAGUCAAAAGAAAGCAUUGAUGCAGAUAUUGGAGAUGUUUUGAAGAAACCAUUGUUGUCAUUUCCUCUUGGAUUGAAGCCCCCUUCAAUGGAUAGUGUGUUGGUGGAACUACAGAAGUAA